CUUAGUCUUGGACAGCGUAAAGUGGGAACAAUUGUGAUGAAGUUCACCUUAGCACUCGUCUCGUUGUGGAUGUCUGGUUUACUUUCCGCAGCGAAAUACCCGCUUGGGCCGAACCGCUUCCUAGGCACAUGCCUUGAUUCAGCAUGGGUAGCACAGAUGGAAGCGGAGCGAGGUGUCUCUAGCCAAGACCGCGACUCGAACGGCAGACUCGUUCACCCGUUCUUGCAACCAGCACUAAAGUACCCACGACACAGAGUGGACGAUCCUCGGACAUCGUCAGGCAAAGUAUUCACAGACAAUUGCAUGACUUCAGAUGCGUUUUUCUAUGGCGCAAACCAAGAUGCAGAUGGCAAAAACCGUGGGGAGGUGCAGGGCACUCUCGUUUUGGACCUGUGUGCGUGGGACACACACGCUCUUGCCACAAUGGUGUUGGCGAUCAUGGCAGAAGAAGUAAGUGGAUAUAAAGUGUCGAUAAACAAGGGCGGAGCAGGUGUGGACAUCACCGAGCGCAUGUCAUCUGUAGGAACGGGAAUGUGUACCCCCAUUCAUCUGAACGUCGAAGUGUGGACGUCCAGCACUCUAUCAGAUCUGAGGGUUUACUUUAACGAGAGUUACCAAGUUGGAGGUGUGGGUUACUUCGGUCUCUCUGGGGUUUAUACCACGCAUCAGUUUGUACAGGAUGGGAUGAAAGCGACGCCACCGUACUUUCCUGAUUUCUGGAAGCACUACAAAACAAGCGAAGCGCUAAUUGAUGCACUAAACGUAGUGUCUUUUAAGUCCACAUCCAAGUACUAUCCUCCAGUAGAAACCACCUGUGCCGAUGGGAUUAUGGGCAGCAAGGAUAACUGCGAACGAACAGAAGCGUGUACUCAAUACGAGAGCAAUGGCAAAACCUGCUUGGUACUGGCGUUGAUGGUCCCUGAUUACGACCAGGGAUACUUCCAAGCUGUCUUCGAUAACUUAGAUGUGCCUGCCUACUUUUGUUUCAUCGCUUAUGACGGGGUGAACCAAUUCGCAGCAGACGCCGCCAAAUCCAGUGACCCAGUGUUUUUCUAUCACUACGAACCGGAUUUGUUCCAUGUAACAAAUAAAGGAAAGUUUGAUCGUGUUGCAUUGCCACGUACAGACCUAGAACGAGUGAAAUUGGCGACUGGGGACUAUGGAGAAAACGGCUUUGGAGCGAAAACCAGUAACCCCGUGGACGUUGAUUAUCCAAGCUUGGCACUCUCGAAAUUUGCAGCUUCAGUAGUCAAAGAUUUGCCCAUCGGCUCCUUAUUUUCCAAGCUUACUCUUUCUGACACGGACAUUAAUGCUCUGCUAAGUGAGUACAGUAUCGCUAUGAGUAGGACCGAUCCCGAGCCAUAUUUCCGCGCAGCUUGCAAUUGGGUAAAAACGAACUAUGACACGUGGCGUGACUGGCAUGACCGCUUAUUAAUACCGAUGUGCUCAUUUGAUAACCAUAUUGUCAGCCAUGUGACGGGGUGUGACAUUAACAGCACUAUUCAUGAAGUACAGUUCGCUUGGAAAGCUCCCAAUCCCGGGAAUUUAUCCUUACCGAACAACUGUGACGGAGGUGUCGCAGCUCUUCCCGAUACUAUCGCUACAAGUCGCUCUUGUGAAUGGAUCGAAGCAAACCAACGCACGUGGUCUGGCUGGAUUGACAAGAAACCAGAAUGUGACUCGAGCUUCUACGAUUACAACGUCUCAGAUUGUGAUUCGGACGCUUAUCGUACGGGUUUUUCACGACUGGAGCUGCCGUUGCGCGACAUUAUUAUUUUCAUUGCAUGGUACGGGGCAGAUUUCCCCGAACCGACUAUUACGACCGAAGAAGCGUCGGAAGUCCGUGGUACGGUGGAUAAAAUCUCGUGUAGCUCGUCGAGUUUCAUCUUCACAGCGUUACUGAUCUUCUGGAAGACGAUUUUAUUGGUAUUGGGGCUGUACUUGUCGUUCCUUAUCCGCAAUGUAUCUGUGGAUUUUCAGGAAUCGCCGUGGAUUUUCGGAUCGGUUGUGGUGGUACUGGUGGGCUGUGUCCUCGUCAUGCCCAUGUCUUAUCUCGUAACCAUGCGAGCAGCUACGUACUACGUUUUUCUGGCUUGUACGCUGCUGAUCUGCACGAUGGUGAUCAUGGGGCUAAUGCUCGCCCCCAAGCUUUUCCGUCUGAAAGAAGUCGUGAAGCCUGCGCAGAUCCAGGAAACCAGCACAAACAACUGCUCCAGCAGCGCGAAUUAG